GCGUUUGGGCGCUAAAUGCGCAUUCAUAAGACAGACUUCGUCCAAAUCGGAGGCAUACCUGCUUUUCUUAUAAACGAAAGUGAUAUAUUUUUACGAUUAUUUUUGCGCGAGCGUGCAAAACAGUUAUUACAUUUUCGGGACAAUUUUUUCGUGAAAUAUGGGAAUGAUUUCGCGAGUGCGCGGACGCAUACGCAGUGAUUCGUUCUCGAAGAUUCAGACAAUCCGAUCGGAGGAUAAAAUCGCCAACAUUGUAUGGCUGCUGUCGUUAGUCCUGCUGCUGCCGUACUGGGCGCCGCGGGGGCUCCUGGUGGCGUUGGGAGGCGCCUGGCUCAUGGCGGCAUACACCUGUUUAGUGGUUCCUGUGCUCAUCUCCGCCAACUACAAGUACCCUGCAAGGUGGUACCCGGCGGUUGCUAAGCUUGCACAAGAAGCGGCACGCCGUUUGCGCGCACCCUUCGUGCGGGUGUUGGGGGUCCUAAAGGCGAUAUACGCGCCCCUGGACCGCGCAGAAGUGAUGUUCUUGCAACUGAACAACUUAUCAACGAUGAUAAGUCAGUUGCUGAUCUUCACCGCGUGCGACCGACUGUUGGUGUCGCAGGGGCAAGGCAGGCUCACGUCGCUGUACUCGCUCAUGUUCUACAAUGUCAUCACCUACUCCGUCAGCUACGUGCGAGAGAUAUGCACCAAGGAGGACUGGUCUCCCUACGUCAAUGUCACCCGCCAUUCCCGCGUCAAACACCUCGCCAUGUCCGCCACCAAGAUAGUUCUCGAGUGGACCAAAGCAGUCACCUUCAUAGUCACCAUCACAUUCAUACUCCUCACACUUGGUUUAGAACAGGGUUUGGAGCAUUACCGCCCCAACUUCUUGUACACCCUCAUCACUGGAGUGUAUUACUUACUUACCGAAAGGACUUUCUUAGAGCUGUGGCCCAUUGGCAUUUCAGCGUUAAAACUGGAGAGGUUAGAGGGAAUGGAAGUGUUGUAUUUCGGGGUGUGGGCGCGGGGUUUGACUACAGCUAUUGCGAUCCCAUUGGUCCCAGCUCUGGCGUGGUACGAGCGCUGGAGACUGGCUGCGUGUGUUCUGUACGUGUGCGUGUUUGUUCAUGGCCGACAUCGCCUCGGGGAAGCGUUGGCUAAGUUGAACGAGGCGAGAGGAUCCUUAGCGAGAUUCCGAAGGGCAACGUCGGAGGAACUGUCAACAUUAGAAGACGUGUGCGCAGUUUGCUUAGGAAACAUGCGGUCCGCCCGCGUCACACCCUGCGCGCAUUUCUUCCACGCUGAUUGCCUCAGGAAGUGUUUGGCAGCGUCUGACAGGUGUCCCAUCUGUGUCAGACCCUACGUUUUUUGCUGAUUAUUAGUUAAGACUACCACCGGAUAAGACUGCUUCGAAUGGACUCCACGGCUUGAGGGUCAAGCCACAUGGAGUAUGAAUUCGGUUCAAGGGUUGAAUGGUUACGAGAUUGUUAAGGAUUGUGAUAGAAUAAAUAUUUUAGUUAAUCUAAAUAACUUAUAAAUUUGUAUUAAUCAUAUCUAAAAAAAUAAUUAAGUAUUCAAAGCUUGAAUCGCUUCAAAGUAAUUAAGGUAAUUAUUUAUUGCUUCCCUGUCGUACAUAGAGGGAAGUUAUCCCAUUAUUUUUAUCGUUGCCCGGUCUAUAAUUGCUUUUUGAUGAAAUGCAUCAUUUUUUCAUAUUUUUUUUAAACUGUGCCCCAUUAUCAUUCCAUAAUUAAUACUCGUACUUAAUAAACUUAAAAAUAUAAUUUAGCUACGAAAUUGAAAUCAGAUAUUUUAAAAACGUACUAAGAUAUCUUUUUAUAGAUAGAAAAAAUAAUCCAGGAAACCAAACAACUCUUCCAAGCACAAACUUACUGCUUCUACAAUUAUGAUCUCGGAGCUAAUGACGUUGUGACUAUAUGUAUAUGUAUGUGAUUACUACAUACAUCCAUUUCUUUUAGUACAUUUCUUACAAGGAUUAUUUUAUUAUCAAAAUACCUCUCAUUUCCUUAACAAAUAUUGCUUGUAAAAUCUUUAUUGAUUGUACCUACCUAAUUAUACCUAGUUACAAAUUAUAAUUUAAUGCGUAUCUAUAAACUUUGUAUAGAUUAUAUUGGCCACUUAUGUUAUUAAGCUUUAUCGUUUACUGAAACGAAUUUAUUACCUAUUUGCAUAAAAUUGUGACAUUUAAGUUAAUUGCUUGUUCUACUUAUCUUUUAGAAGAAUAAAGUUAUCUAACCUGUUCCUUGUAUUUUUACAAAUUUUACGUGCUAUGUUGACUAUAUAGAACAUUUUAUUAAGUAAAUUCCUACAGUAAAUAGAGAAUAUUACCUACAUGUUUUUAUUACACAAACCCAUUUUGUCACUGGGUCCAACGUAAAUGUAAGUGAUAUUUUACGAAGAAAAUAAAGUU